CAUGCCUGCCACCACAACCACAGACGGAGCCAUCUCCGACAAGCUGACAGCUGCCUCCUUGGAGACGGGCAACGGACAUGCCAACGGUAAUGGCAGCGCACCCAACCCUGAAGCAGACUCCGAAGACGAAGGAGACGAAGAUGAGGGCGAAGGUGGAGUAGCUGGCGAGGGAGGAGACUCGGCCGCAAAGAAGAAGAACAAGAAGAAGAAGAAGUCUGGAGCUGCAAAGAAGAAGGCAAAGGCUCAAAAGGAGAAGAUUGCCAACGGUACAGGACUCAAGCAGACCGAGCCUGAGCCCACCAUUGGUCUCUCCAAGAUUUGGCCCACCGGAGAUUACCCAGAGGGAGAGACGGUGCCCUACGAUGAGAGCAAGUGGGACGACAACCGAGAGAGGACAACCCUUGCUGAGCGAAAGGAGCGCGAACGUCUGCUGCAGGAAGGAGAGGGCAACAGUUACGCUCAUAUCCGAAAGGCAGCCGAAACUCAUCGUCAAGUGCGUAGGUACGCUCGAUCGGCCAUUCAACCCGGAAUGUCGAUGACGGAAAUUGCAGAGCUCAUCGAGGGCAAGGUCAGGCUGCUUGCAGAGGAGGAUCCGGAGAACCCCUUUGCUGCUGGAAUGGGAUUCCCCACUGGUCUAUCUCUGAACGAGGUUGCAGCCCACUACACUCCCAAUGCCGGAGACAAGAGGAUCCUGCAAAAAUCAGACGUCUUGAAGGUCGACAUCGGAGUACAAGUCCAAGGUCGUAUCUGUGACUCUGCAUUCACUUUGACUUUCGAAGAGACGCACAACCCUCUCCUCGAGGCGGUGCGUGCAGCCACUGAGACCGGUGUUCGCGAGGCCGGAAUUGAUGCUCGUCUGGGCGAAAUCGGAGCGGCGAUUCAGGAGACCAUGGAAUCGCACGAGUACGAGGUCAAUGGCAAGAUGCAUCAAGUCAAGUGUGUACAGAACCUCAACGGGCACAACAUCGGUCGCUACACUAUCCACAAGGAGAAGAGUGUGCCCAUUGUGGCCCAGCCUCAGAUGACGACGAAGAUGGAGGAAGGAGAAUACUUUGCCAUUGAGACUUUCGGCUCCACUGGUAAGGGAUACGUCGUAGACUGUGGCGAUUGCUCACACUAUGCCCGUAGGGCCAAUGUGGGCAACCCUACCCUGAGGGUGGCUAGCGCAAGGCCGCUGCUGCAUACCAUCAACAAGCAGUUCGGUACUCUGCCCUUCUGCAGGAGGUACCUGGAUCGAGUGGGUGAGAAGAACUACCUGCUUGGACUUAAGCACCUCGUGUCGCAAGGCAUCGUGCAAGACUACCCACCUCUGGCAGACAUUGCUGGCGUGGGAGCUCAAACGGCUCAGUUCGAGCACACCAUUCUGCUGAAGCCAACUGGAAAAGAGAUUGUGUCGAGAGGAGACGACUACUAAAGUGGGGUUUGGUUAGGCGCGGCGGGGGGAAAGCUAUUGGCGAGCAGCAACGAGCAAAGAGACAGCUCUGCGAGGGGGGAAAGGGCAGCGAGCAGGCAACUGCAGGGAAUUUCAUCUCCACUCCACAUCACCAGUAUCA